AUGGAAACACAAACACCUUCAGAGGGUCAAGCUGAUAUUGGCAGCCAAGAAAAGAAUCGGCGCGGGGUAAAACGAAAAAUAUCUUUGAUGUGCUGUGAUGUUUGUGGCACAGAAGAGGCAAAAUACAGAUGCCCGAACUGUAUGCAAUACACGUGCAGCUUGUCCUGUGUGAAACAACAUAAAACGCUCUCAGCUUGCUCCGGUGUCCGCGACAAGGCGGCAUUCGUGCCUCUCUCCCAGUUUGAUGAGAUAAACCUUCUCAACGAUUACAGAUUCCUGGAGGACGUAAGCAGACUGGCGGACGGCGCCAGGCGAGACGUUGUCACCCGCCGGCCCCACCCCUCUCAGAAAAUGAAGUGGAUGACGAGGGGUGCGAAAGAGGCAAAGAUCACGCUGAAGUUUCUACCCAACACUUUCACCAAGAGCAGAGAGAAUUCUACUUUCUACAAUAAAAAAGAACGGCGGUUCUACUGGCACCUGAAGCUGUUGUUUCUCCAGAGUGGCUCUGAGUAUACAGAGAGAAGGGUCUUAGAUGCUAGGACAGUUGAGGAGAUCCUCAGUCACUAUAUCCAUCCCACAGAGUCAGACCCACUGAAACGUCAAAGGUUAAGAAUGUACGUUCAUACUCCAGUAGAUGAUGUGAGAGUGUUUAUGAGGGCAGAGGAAAGAGAGCCCAGCUCAAAGAGGUUCCACCAGUUUGAUGUGAAGAAAAGCCUACGAGAUAAUCUGAUGUGCAAGACCGUCAUUGAGUACCCUGUUCUCCAUGUGGUUCUGAAGGAUCACUGUCAAGCUUAUCUUACUGAAAAAACAGGAGAUGCUGAGACCACGCUUGAUGGUGCCACCAGAGAGGAGUCUGUCCAGGGGGAAAUCAGGAGGCCCCAGUCAUCAUUAGAGACUCUGAUCUCUCCAAAGUCAGAGCCAAUGACCACUACUGGCACAGUGCCUACAGCUCCAGAAUCUCUGAGGAAGAAGGUGAAAAUUACGCCUGAUGGUGAUGAAGAGGAGGAGGAGGGAGAGAUUAGGAGUAAUGAAGAUGAGGACAGUGACGGCGACAAUGACGGACGCGGAUGCGAUGGCCGGACUGCCGGUGGAGAGGAGAGAGAGCAGGGUCUAAAUGUUGAUCGUUACGUUUCGGGUCAGUGUCCGACUAGUGAUAAUGAUCAGGCCAACACUGACAGCGCUAUCCAUCCUAAUGACUCUACUGAUGAUGAAAGAGAGAAAAGAUGCAAGACUAAUCUCUGUGGUGAUGAUGAUUGUCAUGACAACACUGGCGGCUCUGCUCUGGAGCGUAGUUAA